AUGGCGAAUUUAGUUCUUAAGAAAACUUUUAUCAUACUCUUAAUCAUAUUUGCAUCACCAAUCUUUAGUACUCAGGCUCGAAUCCUCCAUGAUAAUCGAGUUGCAAACACGGGCACUAUGGAUAGUCAUGCUCUGCUACGUGAGCUCGGGUUUGAUCUCUCCAAGUUCAAAGGUCAUAACGACAGGAGAUUUUUAGUGAAUUCGGACAGGGUUUCACCGGGAGGACCUGACCCGCAACAUCAUCACUGAGUGGUCGUUACGAAUACGUAUUAUUUACCGGAGGUCCAAGCAUAAAUAAUUGUGACUGAUCCAUGCAAGUCAUUUGAAUAUCGCUAUUUAUAUGCUUUUCUUUUUCCUUUCUUUUUUUUUCUUUUUCUUUUUUUUCCCCUCAUAAAUCUUACGUACAAUUUUGUUGUAUCAAGGUUUUGGUCCUUAUCUACGCAUCAAACUUUUACUCUGUUAUGUUUUCGUGUGUCUCCAAUGAGUUACCUUUUAUGUAACAGAAAUUGGCUUAUAAAUAAUAUUCCCG